AUGGGUGGCCGAUUUUACACUGGCUGUGUCGUAUGUGGCAUUGAAGCCGGCUUUGGCUUCUGUCAAUCGAUUUGUGGUCAUUACAGAGACUUGAAGGAGUCGGGCCAGGGAGCCCAGCUGCUUUGGCUCGAUGCAGACGAGUUGGAAAGGACGUAUCGCUUCCGGGAGAAGGAAGAGUGGGUGGGUACUUAUCGUCUAAUCUAUUUUGAUCGAACGAGCCAGGCGUACCGAGUAUCUGGUAUUGCACAUCUUGCAGAUCCCAGUGAGACCUACUUUAAGGCUCCAAUCGACAGGAACCAAGCAUGCAUUGGCUUAACCAACCGAGACCCAUCCGGUCUCGUCAGGUACCACGCUAGGAAUGUCGGUUUGUGGUCCAACUCAUGGGCUAAGCCGGUGGACUGGCGUGAAUUCGUCUUUGCGGUUCAUGCUUCAUGUUGGUCAUUGACCCUGAGAUUUGUUGAUGCUGACGUGGAGAAUCAUCUCCAUUCCAUCCUUGCUGUCUCAUUAAAGAGGAUGACGGAACUCCACACCGAGGAGUUUCUGGUUCGGAAUUCAUGGGAGAAGAAGCGACGCGCACAGGAUCCCCUUCGAAGCCCGAUCGUCGGCAGGCUGAUCGAAGAAUGCAAGCGACGACGGGCAGAACCUGCUCCGGCUCUGCGCCGGUCCUCCCGCGUGAGGUCCAGGAUUCCGCGGCUAAAUCUGCCUUGCGACAUUCUCUGCUUGAUUCUCGACAGGUUGGACUACCUGAGCGUCCGACGGUUCUGUCAGGCCGUACACUGCCCCCCGAUGGACAGCUAUUGGCGCGGUCGAGCAACUCCUCAUCUCCUCGAGCUGGACGAGAUCCGACAUGAAGACCUUGACUAG